GUGAUGGAUGAUCAGGAAGAUGCAAAUUCAGCAGGAGAAUCAAUGCCUUCAUCCCCAGAAUUGACACCAAGCAUGAAUGUGGACUCUUUGUCAUCCAUGCACAGGGAUUGUCAGCCAUUUUUCCUGCAUCCACCUGUUGCACCAGCACCUGCUGCUGCUGCUGCUGCUGCUUCAGCAGUCACCAACACCAAUGGAUUCUACCUUAACCCAAUGUCCAAGGCCUUGUCCUCUUCCACAUCCUCAAGCUCUUCCACCUCAUCUGUGGACCAUGACAGUUCCAAGCGCCCUCUGCUGAGCAAGAAAGGUGGCUUGAGGAAGGCCAAGGAAAGGAGACCUUCUUCCACUUGCAGUUCUUCUGUGAAAGAUGGUUCUCAAGAACAUGAGCCAUUUUUCUUGCACUGCAGCAAGCCAUUGGAUGCCCUGGAGAAGAUGAUGUCCAAGGACCCCGUGAGGAAUUUGUUUGGGUCCUCACAUCCCAAGACUGCAGUUCCUGCUCACAUCCUGGGUUCAGGGGCUUCAGGCUCAGCUCUCAACAGAGGCAAUGCCUUGCCACCAUCUUCAGAAAUGCCUCCUGAGGCCAGCAAACAUGGUGGGUCUUCAUCAGAGAGCUCAGGUCUGCCACCCAGACCCACUAGGGCACCACCACCAGUUCCUGUCAUCCAAAACAUCAAAGUGAAAGCAGAAGUGCAUGUGAGUUCAGAGUCUGAAAUCAGCAUGAGCUUUUCAGAGCUGAGUAACACUGGAGAGAAUGAGUAUGAGGACAUCAAGCACAACAUCAUCAGCAGUUCCAGCAGCAAUGCUGGAGACUCUGGAUUUGAAAACAUUCCUCCUCCACCAGACUUUGCCAGUGUAUCAAAGCCCAAGCAGGACACCAAGGUAGAAUACAUUCAGAAGCAAGAGGAAAAUAUGGAAGAAAAGGCAUCCAGUGGAGAAGAAGAAGCUGAGGAGGAGGAUGAGGAGGAAGAAGAAGAACAAGAAGAAGAACAACAACAACAACAACAACAUGAAGAAGAAGAAGAAGAAGAAGACCAAGAACAAGAACAAGAGGAUCCUCCCAAGAAAGAAGAAAGACCUCAACAGUCCACAGAGAUCCCUCCACCUCCUCCUCCCCCAGAGAUCACCAUCACAAACUCAGAAGAUUCAUCAGAUUUGAAUGGUAGUGCUGAAAGGGAAAGUUUUGAUGUUGCCAAACCUGUGGACAGUUUGAUAUUUGGACACCGGAAACUGAGCAGACCAACUUCUUUGCCCAUAGACUUUGCAGAACAGUACAGCAAAACUUUAUCUGAGAUGACCAAUCCCUCAGGCAAAGGUUUGCUGAAGGUUGGGAAAGGAGAGCAGCAAGAUGGCAGUGCCAGCAACAGCCUCAUCAGGCCACCAACUCGCCUUCAACUCCGCCAGAUGGUGCUGCCUUUUGUGCCCCCCAAGUUCCCAGCUGGCAGUGGGGAAUCUGAUGCCCUCAUCAAGCCAUCAGAAUAUCUGAAGAAUUCUGCUCAUGAUGAAAGUGACCAGUCAAGCCUCAUUUCAAGCUACUCAGCAGAGAGUGGGAUAGAGAGUCUCAUGUCCAGUGGUGGGUCCUCCAACAUCAGUUGCCCACCUCCAGCUCCUGCUUUGCCAGUCAUUCCAGAGCAAGACACAGAGCCAGUGUCUUGCAUCACAGAGUCAAAAGUUGUCUGCACUGAGGCUAUUGAUGAAGUUGUGGUGAAGUGUCCUCCUCCUCCACCACCACCACCUCCUGCUGUGUCCACUCCCACCACAACCCCCAAGGGUUUCAUCAGUGUCCAGGAGAUUCAGAAAGUCCAGCUCAAGAAGACUGAGAACAAGUUGUCCAAGACUCUUUCUGCUCCAGUGCUGAGCAAGUCUGAAAGUGUACCAGCACAACCUGCAUCACCAAUGUCUCCCAAAGAACAAGCAGCUGCUGAGCUCAUUGAAGAACUCAAACUCAGCAGGGCAGUUGGAGGAAUCAAAAAGCUCAAAGAAGAAAGAGCAAAGGAUGAACUAAAGCGCCAAGAACUUCAGGCCAAAGAGCUCAACAAACAGUUCACCCCUGGCAACUUUGUAGACAAGAUCCCUGACCAUGAUGCCCAGGGAAACCCAAUCCCAGACUGGAAGCGCCAAAUGUUGGCAAGAAAGGCUGCAGAAAAGGCCAAGAAAGAAGCCCAAGAAGAAAGAGAGCGCGAAGAAGAACGUCGCAGACAAGAAAAGAUCCCCCCUUGGAAGCGUCAGCUCCUGCAGAAAAAUGGGGAUCACCGACAGAGCUGUGGAAACCUGUACACUCCUAAAAUCCAGGAGAAACCCAAACCAGAACCUGCAAAUGAUGAUGAGCAACCUGUAGAUGAGAAUGAUGUCAUGCCAUGGAGAUCCAUCCUGCGCAAGACCAACAGCAUCCUGAACCUGGCAGAUUAACCUCUUCCACAAAUUGUACACAUUCCUGCAACACCCUCCAGAAAAAAAUUCCUCUCUUUCCUCUCAGACAUUGUGAUAAUGUUGUGAUAGCUUCCCAAAAACUCUUUCCAAGAAAUUGCACAGUCAAAAAAAGUUCCUAAUUGUGACUUCAAUUGCUAUGGGUUCAGGUUGAAACCAUGC